AUGGAGGGACAACACCGUGGCUGCCUCCUCCUCCUCCUCCUCCUCCUCCUCCUCUGCCUGCUCCCGCCACUGGAUGCCCUAGGCCCGCCGCCACCUCCGGAGGAGCCCCGGGAGCCACCGCCGCCGCUGUCCGGCACCGCUGACCCCGCCGCCCACCUGCUGCGCGGCCGCCCCUCGGCCCCGGUGCGGCCCUACAGCCUCUCGCUCUCCCCUGAGGACUACCGCUACUCCCCUAAGCCCCGGCACCUGAGGCCCGGGCGGCUGCGCCGGCUGCUGGGCUCAGCCUUCGACCCCUUCUGGAUGGCGACCGAGGAGCCCCGGGGCCGCAACGGCAGCGUCCUCGAGGAGAACCUGGAGUCCCUGAGCCGGGACCUGGCGGAGGGUGCCGGGCGCUACCGCCGCAAGCUGUGGCGGGAGGCGGAGGGGCUGGAGCUGCCUGCCCUGCUGCCCCCCGGCCCGGGGCCCCCCGAGCUGCCGGGGGCCUUGGCCCGCCGCCUGCGGCAGUGGCUGGUGGAGCGGGCCGCCUGCCGCCUCACCUCUGCCUGGGUCGACCUGGGACCCGUCUUCUGGCCCCGCUGGGUGCGCCACACCGCCUGCGAGACCGGGCCUCCCGGCUGCUCCUGGCCACCCGGCAUGACCUGCCGCCCCGCGCAGCUCACCCACAUCAAGCUGCUAGCCUGGCACUGCUGGGCACCUCGGCCCCCCGGCCCCCCGCGCUGCGCCUGGCGGCAGAUCCCUUACCCCGUCGUGGCCGCCUGCAAGUGCUCCUGCCGCUGA